AAAAAAAUGGAAGAAUCAGCAUUGUUGUCAUACGUUCAUACUCACGGAGCCAUCGAAAAUUCUGUUGAGUUCGCCCAAUCACACAAUAUUGACCACCAACAAUUCUAUGGUCAAAUCAACAGUUUAUCGCUUGCUAAUAUUUUGGUUCUUGAAAAGAGAGAAUGUACAUCUGCUUUACCAAGCACCGAAGGUUUGCAAAUUUUAAAUCAAGGACAAUCAGCUGAAAUUAAAUUACUUGCUGCUCUCAUCAAUUCUCCUGAUGGUGUUGAUAAGAAUGUUUUACAACAACAAUUAGGUGAUAAUUAUCUUCCAGCCUUCAAGGCUUGUAUGAAGAACAAGUGGAUUUCACAAGAAAAAGGUUCUGAUAUUUUGAAAAAGUCUGCCACUGUUAGCGAAUUACCAAAGGAUGUUGUUGUUGAUCAAUUGAAAAUUAUUUCUGCUUCCGGAUUUGUUUUCCUCGAAUUAGAAAAGCAAAAGGGAAAGAGUCUUGAAGAUUUAAAGACUAUCGAAUUUGCUAACUUGAAAGUCCAAGAUGAUAAAGAUCCAAGAUAUACUGAAUUGAAGAAGGCCUGUAUUGAACAAGGAAAAUGUAUCAAUUCUAAUGAUUUCACUGAAUUGAAAUCAAGAAAACUUGUUAAAGUUGAAACUAUCAAGUUCUUCUAUGUUUCAAAGGGUACUGAAUUUGCUCUUGAAAGAAAGAAACAAGAAACUGAUUUGACAACUCAAAUGAUCUUGUCUAAUGAAUGGCAGAAUGCUUCUUUCAAGGAAUACAAUUUCAAGGCUACUGGUAAGAGAAAUGAAAAUGGUUAUCUUCACACUUUGUUGAAGGUCAGAACUGAAUUCCGUAAGGUUUUCCUUGAACUUGGCUUUGAAGAAAUGGCCACUAAUAAUUUUGUUGAAAGCUCUUUCUGGAACUUUGACGCCUUGUUCCAACCUCAACAACACCCUGCUCGUGAUGCUCACGACACUUUCUUCUUGGAAAAUCCAAAACAAUGUAUUUCAUUGCCAACUGAUGGAUAUCUUGAAGAUGUUAAGAAAAUUCACGAAGAAGGAGGUUUUGGAUCUAUUGGUUACAGAUAUGACUGGAAGGUUGAAGAAUCAAAGAAGAAUCUUCUCCGUACUCACACAACUGCUGUCAGUACUCGUUAUUUGAGAAAACUCGGAGAAGAAUUAAGCAAUGGUGCCGAAUUCAAGCCAAGAAAAUAUUUCUCAAUUGAUCGUGUUUUCCGUAAUGAAGCUCCUGAUGCUACUCACUUGUGUGAAUUCCACCAAAUUGAAGGUAUGGUCAUCGAUAAGGGUUUAACUCUUGGUGACAUGAUUGGACUUUUCCGUGUUUUCUUUGCCAAGAUUGGUAUUACUGAUUUGAAAUUCAAACCUGCUUUUAACCCAUAUACAGAACCAUCCAUGGAAAUCUUUGGUUAUCACCCAAUGCUCAAGAAAUGGGUUGAAGUUGGUAACUCUGGUAUGUUCAGACCUGAAAUGCUCCGACCAAUGGGACUUCCAGAAGAUGUUACUGUUUUGGCUUGGGGUCUCUCACUGGAAAGACCAACCAUGAUCAAAUAUUCUGUUGAUAACAUCAGAGAUUUGGUUGGCCACAAGGUUGAUCUUGGUGGUGUUCAAAAGAAUCCAAUUUGUCGUCUUAAUAAGUAAAUUAUUGUAAAAUUUUAAUUCAA